CGGUUGCUUAGCGAGCUGGUUUGUCCUAUGGGUUUGUCAGUGACCGUGCGACGGUGGAAAGUGUUGUCACAAUUAUAGGAAAUGAUUACUAUUUAAUUCAGAUAUACGCUGUGUUUCUUGUAUUAGUUUGGUAGCUCAGGUUAGCUCUCCACUAAUGGAACGGUUGUAGUAACUGUGGCUUCAUGGGAACUAACCUCGGUCUAACCUCGGUCUAACCUUGGUCCAGGCUAACAGGUUACCGCUGAGCUAACGUUACAAUAGGUCACCACAGGUCCGAUGCAGAGUGCUGAAGCUGAGGGAGGCGGGGAGGAGGAGGUGAGGGAGGAAAGCUCCAGACACAAUGAGGAUGGAAGUGAAGCAGAAGACUGUGCAGCGACUGUUUCAGCUGCUCCAGAGACUCAGGCAGGACCAGAGUCUGAUGACCUGACCCCCCAGCUUCACCCUGACCUCAGUGGGGCAGAUGACUACUCCGCUGCAGCCACAGAGUUAGAAAAUGUUGCUCAGGCGGCACUGAGAGUUCACCUCUCAAACCUUAACACAUCAGAAGAUAUGGAGGAUCAGGAACCACUGCCGGAGGAGGAGGAGGAGGAGGAGGACGACGAUGACGAGGACGAUGACGACGACAAGUUCAUUGUUCUCGACUCUGAUCAUCCGCUGGUCACCAGGCAACAAGCUGCUCUGAGCAACCAGCUCAGUAAGCAGCUGGAGAGGAUCAACCUGGAACUGAAGGAAAAGCUGGCAACAGAGAAGGCAGAUAACAACCACAUACAGGACAUAGGUGUUGACAUGUUCAGGGUUCAGGAGGAGCUGGCCAGACUCCAGACCAGGCUGGAUGACCGGCAUCAUACCAAGGCACAGGCUGAAACCAAGCACCAACAAACACAGGAUCAGCUGGAGGCAAUGAAGAGCCAGUGUUCCAGCGUUACCAGCCAACACGGCAAAGUCAAAGCCUAUGUGUCCCAGUUACAGACAGAGCUAGAGAGGCUGAUGCUGCAUCUCGUCUUCACACAAGAACACAGUGAAGAUCUGCGCUCUAAUGUCAAAGCCAUGAAGAAUGCCAGACACAAAGCGGGAGCUGAGAAGAACCAGGCCGAAGACCAGAAAUUGAAGCAGGAUUUGUAUGUGGAGCGUCUAACAAAGGACAUGGAGAGGCUGACGCAGCAGAUAGCCAUGUAUGAGGCCCAGGCCGGUGCUCAAGCAGAGGAGACACAGGAAGCCAAAGAGGCUCUCUCUGAGGCUGAGAUGGAAAUGGAGUCUCUGGUGAUGGCGCGUAAACAGCUGCUGCAGCAGUGGAGCAGCAGCCUGGUGGGCAUGAGGAGACGAGAUGAGGCCUUCAGCGCCAUGCAGGAUGCUGUGCGCGCUGCCGAGCACCAGGUGAUCUUGCUUGACAGAGAGAUUGAAGGUUACAAGAGAUCCACCACUGAAGAGCAGGACCAAAAUGAGAUGCUAACGAUGCAGCUGAACUGGUCCCAGAUGGACGCUGCCACCUCCAAAAAGCUGCUCAGUCAGAAGCAGGCCCGGCAAGAGGCUCUGCAGGCCCACUACAGCACCUGCCUCCGCACUCUGAGGGAGACGGAGAGCACCCUCGCCCGGCUCUCUAAGGAAACCAGCACCCACCAUGUUGAAGUGAAGGAUCAGAGGAAGCAGUUGGAGAAAGAGAGUGCUGUGCGUCUGGAGAUGGAGGACAAGAUCAUGACCCACAUCCAGCAGGAGCUCACCUACAAAAAGGCUGCCAAGUAUUCCCAACAGCUCAUCAGCAGGAUAGCCACACUCAAGAAGGAGAAGCUCUCUCAGUUGUGGCAGCUGGAGAAUGAUGUGUGGGAUGUGGGACUGGAGAGCAGCGAGAUCAGCCAACACCUGGACAGCCUGACCGUCACACAGGAGGCCCUCGAUGAGGAGAUCGCAAAGUACAACAAAUUACUGACAUCCAACCAGACUGAGAUUUCUUCCUUUGUUAAACUCAUCAGGCACAAGCAGGCCACCAUCGCCAACUACAACAAAAAGAUCUGUCAAAUUGCAGCCAGCACUGGGUACGAGGACCUGAGUCCACUGCAAAUCAAGGUAGAGGCAUUAAUGGCUGAGAUCGAGGAGCUGGCAGCGAAUGUCAAGAGUGAUCAGCAGCUCUGGAUGAAACGACAAGGGACUCUAGUAGGACUGACCCAGGAGAUACAAGCCAACAGCAAGGACAUGCUCAAACUGCAGAUAGAGUACACUGGCAUGCAGCAGAAGAAAAUACGCCUGGAGAGUCAGAUUGAAGUAGAGCACCGUGAGGAGACGGAGCUGGACAAGAAUGCGAAGAUGCUGAGAGGAGACCUGCUGAAGCUCAACAGCCUGCUGAGCACCAACGGACAGCUCAGCCAGGCGCUGGAACAGGAGAACGCACUGAUGGAGACUGACUUCCUCCACAGGCUUCAGGAGGCAGAGCGAGAGGCUAUCGAGAUGCAGAUGACACACGAGAAGACCCAGGAGGAAAAAGAGAGACUCCUCAACUGCCUGGUGGAGGCUGAGCGGCAGAUCAUGCUGUGGGAGAAGAAGACCCAGCUUGUGAAAGACACUCGUUCAGCUGUGGACUCGGACACGGUUCAGGGAGACAUCCAUAUGAUGAAGAUUGAGAUACACCGUAUGGAGGUGCGAGUCAACCGGCUGAAGAAACAGCAGAUGCUACUGCUGAGGGAGAGUGAAGCAACAGUGGCAAGGAGGGAGACCGUCGUCCUGCGUAGGGAGGCCAUACGCCGCAGUCCCCACAAGCAGAAUAACACAAAGGGCGAGCUGAACCGCGUCAUUCAGGGCCUGCAGCGCAACAUCCGGGACACACACAAGCAUGUGGCAGACUGUGAGCAGGUGAUCUGGGAGCUGCAGGAGAGCCAGGAGAGUCUGAGCGACAGGCUCCCGCAGCUGAAGCAGCAGCUGAUAGAACUCUGCAGCACUAGCUACGUACUUGACACCGACUUUGAAAAUCUCCAGGACACCAAAGACAGGAACCUAAUCCACCUCGUGGCUCUACAGAGCCACAACAGGAAGCUGCAGGGGGUGUGUGGGGGAAGCUACCAAGCCUCGUCCACCAGCAAAUCCGUAGGAGCCGCUCUACAGAGCCAGAUGGAGCGCGUGCACGCCGUCAGCACCAUCUUGCACCGUGUGUGUGAGGAGUUCCCCCAGCACCAGGCGGCGCUGCGCAGGCUGUCGCUAGAGUUGGCAGCACGCACACGGGCCCCGGAGCAGGGGACGCCCUGAGAGUAAGGGAGGAUGGACACAUGACAGUGAGUACAGGGGAAGAAGUGUAGAGGAUGGAGAGGGAGUAGACGAUAAGAGGGAAAGAUUAGAUGAGUCAUAACCUGAGAAGUUUGAGAGGUCAUUUAUUUUCCUGUUUGCAUUCUUUUAUGCUUUGAAUGAAAUACAGAUUGUGAAACAAUGUAUUCAAAUAAAGACUCAUGAGACAGUAAUACAAAUAACUAAA